AAAGAUUACCACUUCGAGUACACGGAAUGCGACAGCAGUGGCUCCAGGUGGAGGGUCGCCAUCCCCAACUCUGCCGUGGACUGCUCCGGCCUGCCCGACCCCGUGAGAGGCAAAGAGUGCACUCUUCCUGGGUCCCUCGUGGAAACUACAUCGAGUCCAAUCGUGACGACUGCACGGUGUCGCUGAUCUAUGCUGUGCACCUGAAGAAGUCUGGUUUCGUCCUCUUCGAGUACCAGUACGUCGACAACAACAUCUUCUUUGAGUUCUUUAUUCAGAAUGAUCAGUGCCGGGAGAUGGAUUCUACCAUGGACAAGUGGGUGAAGCUCACGGACAACGGAGAGUGGGGCUCUCACUCCGUGAUGCUGAAGUCGGGCACAAACAUCCUCUACUGGAGGACCACAGGCAUCCUCAUGGGCGCCAAGGCCAUCAAGCCCGUGCUGGUGAAGAACAUCACCAUUGAAGGGGUGGCUUACACCUCCGCGUGCUUCCCCUGUAAGCCUGGCACAUUCAGCAACAAGCCAGGCUCCUUCAGCUGCCAGCCAUGUCCCAGAAACACCUACUCGGAGAAGGGGGCCACGGAGUGCGUGAGGUGUGAUGGUGACUCCCAGUUUUCAGAGGAAGGAUCCAGCGUGUGUACGGAGCGCCCUCCCUGCACCACGAAGGACUACUUCCAGAUCCACACGCCCUGUGACGAGGAAGGCAAGACACAGGUCAUGUACAAGUGGAUAGAGCCCAAAAUCUGCAGGGAGGACCUCACUAAUGCCAUUCGACUGCCCCCUUCUGGAGAGAAGAAGGACUGUCCUCCCUGCAACCCAGGAUUCUACAAUAACGGAUCGUCUUCCUGUCACCCCUGUCCCUCUGGGACGUAUUCAGAUGGCACAAAGGAGUGCAGACCCUGUCCUGCAGGAACGGAGCCAGCCCUGGGGUUUGAGUAUAAAUGGUGGAAUCUCCUUCCUGGCAACAUGAAGACCUCCUGCUUCAAUGUGGGGAACUCCAAGUGUGAUGGCAUGAAUGGUUGGGAGGUGGCUGGAGACCAUAUCCAGAGUGGAGCUGGAGGUUCUGAUAAUGAUUACCUGAUCCUAAACCUGCACAUCCCAGGGUUUAGACCUCCAACGUCCCUGACGGGGGCCGCAGGCUCGGAACUGGGGAGGAUAACGUUUGUCUUCGAGAUGCUGUGUUCUGCCGAUUGCGUUCUCUACUUCAUGGUGGAUAUUAAUAGAAAAAGUACCAAUGUGGUGGAAUCAUGGGGUGGAACCAAAGAAAAACAGGCGUACACCCACCUCAUCUUCAAGAACGCCACGUUCACGUUCACCUGGGCCUUCCAGAGGACCAACCAAGGCCAGGAUAACAGACGGUUCAUCAAAGACGUGGUGAAGAUCUAUUCCAUCACAGCCACUAAUGCGGUUGACGGUGUGGCAUCUUCCUGCCGUGCCUGUGCCCUGGGCUCUGAGCAUUUGGGCUCUUCAUGUGUCCCCUGCCCUCCAGGCCACUACAUUGAGAAGGAAACCAACCAGUGCCAAGAGUGUCCACCCGACACCCACCUUUCCACCCACCAGGUCUAUGGUCAGGAGGCCUGCAUUGCCUGUGGGCCUGGGAGCAAGAGCACCCAGGACCACUCAGUUUGCUACAGUGACUGCUUUUUCUACCAUGAAAAAGAAAACCAGAGCUUGCACUAUGACUUCAGCAACCUGAGCAGCAUGGGCUCAUUAAUGAACGGCCCCAGCUUCACCUCCAAAGGAACCAAAUACUUCCACUUCUUCAACAUCAGUCUGUGUGGGCAUGAGGGGAAGAAAAUGGCUCUCUGCACCAACAACAUCUCAGACUUCACUGUGAAGGAAACGGUGGCAGGCUCAGAUGACUACGCGAAUCUGGUCGGAGCGUUUGUGUGCCAGUCGACAAUUAUUCCUUCUGAAAGCAAGGGUUUCCGGGCAGCCUUAUCUUCCCAGUCCAUCAUCUUAGCAGAUACGUUUCUAGGAGUGACAGUUGAAGCCACACUGCAAAAUAUUAAUAUAAAGGAAGAUAUGUUCCCUGUCUCAGCAAGCCAAAUGCCUGAUGUGCACUUCUUUUAUAAGUCUUCCACAGCUACAACGUCUUGUCCUGAUGGCCGGUCCACUGCUGUGAAGAUGAGGUGCAGCCCUGCGAGAGCGGGGGCAGGCGUGAUCUCUGUCCCCAGCAGGUGCCCAGCAGGCACCUGUGAUGGGUGUGCCUUCUACUUCCUGUGGGAGAGCGCUGAGGCCUGUCCUCUGUGCACGGAGCACGACUUCCACGCCAUCGAGGGCGCCUGCAAGCGAGGGCUGCAGGAAACCCUGUACGUGUGGAAUGAGCCUAAAUGGUGCAUUAAAGGGAUUUCUUUGCCUGAGAAAAAGCUGUCAACCUGUGAAACCAUUGACUUUUGGCUAAAAGUGGGAGCUGGAGUGGGAGCUUUCACAGCUGUUUUGCUGGUGGCCCUAACUUGCUACUUCUGGAAAAAGAAUCAAAAAUUGGAGUACAAAUAUUCGAAGCUAGUGAUGACGACAAACUCGAAGGAGGGUGAGCUCCCAGCUGCAGACAGCUGUGCCAUCAUGGAAGGGGAAGAGAAUGAAGAGGAAGUCAUGUGUUCCAACAAGCAGUCGCUCCUGGGAAAACUCAAAUCUUUUGCAACAAAGGAAAAAGAAGAACACUUUGAAUCUGUUCAACUGAAGUCCUCACAACCCCCCAAUAUAUGAAGAGGCUGUGCUGUAGGCCUCGCAAGGAGGGGAGACCUGCUCCCCAGCUGUGCAGGACCGUGGUUGGAACCUGUCCUCCAAUGGCCAGGCAUCCCCCGGGGCCGCGCUGCCGAGAGGGAAGAAGGUUGCUGAUUGCCUCACCACACACUCCAGGACCUUGCCAGACCAAGGAAUGUGAAUGAAAUGGAGCUCGGCUGCAGAAAAGCUUAACUCAGGAAGAGAUUACUGCAUGGCGUGACUGACACCCGCCGUACUCAGCGCUGGGGUGUGGCGUGUGGCGUGUGGCGUGUGGCGUGGGGCAGCGGGCGACCAUCCUCUGUCUCUGUCCAUGCAGCAAGUGUGCUCUGGAGCGUGGAGGCAAGCACGUGCCUGUGAUCUCGUUUAUGUCUUGUCUUUGUUUAUAUUUUGGAAAAGAUUGGAAAAGUUUUCUAAGGUAUAAUUAUUUUUCCCAUUAUUUAUUUUCCCAACAGACCUUAAAUCAUCUUUUCUAUUAAAAAUGGCAAGCAAUGAAAGACAAUAAACUUUUCAUUUUUAUAGGGCGUUUUCUCUUGAUUUCAGAAACUUAAAUUAUCAGUAGUAGUUUAGGGGAAAUUAGCAUGUACUUGGGUUAUUUCCUUCUAAUUGCCUUUGAAAUUCCAUCCUUGUUGGAACUGGUAAGAAGAGUUUGACCAAAAGCUUGAAGGAAUGUUUAUCAAAAUGUAAAAGGCAAUGAGAAUGCUUGACUUGCAUUAAUACCCAGAAGGUGGUAGGCUUCACACCUAGGUAUCUAGAGCUAAAGAAGGAGAGCCUGCUCGUCAGUCACUUACACAGUCAUGAAGAGUGAUGUGAGUGCCUGUCCCUAAGCACCGACACUCAGCAAGGUAUUGGGGUGAGUGGUAGUCUCCAGAGGACGGAUGUGGGACAGUUCCCCAGGUCAGGCACCAGAGGUUAUAUUGUUAUUUUUCUGCUGCAAGACUUUGAGGAUUAUGAUGGUCUGGGGAGCAUCUUUUUACAUCCAUAAGGCAGGAAUUCAAUUUUGGAAAAUACAUAAUUGUGUUCAUGAUGAGAAUGCAGAUGUACCAUAAGCACCUGUGAAUGAAGUGUCAUUUUUAUUCAAAAGUGACUCAGAAAAUUGUGAUAUUUUUUAUAACGGGUUACUAGUAUUCAUAUGAAAUAUUUGUUGGAAAGAAGUUCCAAUGUUCAAAAAAGUUUGAAGAUGGAUUUGACCAAUUUUGUAUAAACUUUGUUUAGAAGUGGGAAAGGGGAUUUUCCUAGCAUUACUGACCUAAGGUGCCCCAGUUGUUUCCAAUAAACAGUGAUCUUUGUGGGUCUUCAUCCAGAUUUUGCAAUGGCUGUGACUGGCUGGAGUGGCAGGGCAUAUGGGUGGCUCCUGACAAGUGUGUCAUAGGCGUUCCCACGAAGGGUGCCUUGUAACGUGGGACUCUGCAGUAGUGUCUUCAUUGCUGUGAACAUUGGGAGGAAAACAGCUCUGUUUCUUGAAAAUUGGGUGAGAUGCUAGACUGUUUUGCUACUGUGGAAUAGAUGAUCAUUUGUGUAGUCUUCACUGUUGUUUAUGGGUAUAGGUGAAGUCACCAUAAUUUUAUUCUUAAUCGUGGGACUGGAGGGUGUCAUUAAGCAACAAAACUUCUUGAACCAUUUAUAAAGCAGAAACUAUUUUGGCACUGUUCAUUUUUGUCCUGUGACCAGAGUAUUGGCAUGUCUUUCCCCAUGUUGAUGGAAAUUUACCCA